CCCAAAGCUCUACCCACUAAGCUACCACUGUCCCUUCUGAUUAUCACUUCUGCUUGGAUCUCUGACCACUUCUCUGUGAAAUACAGGCAUCAUGGCGGCGACCCGAGGGCAAGACACCGCAACUGGUGCUACUGACGACACUCAGAAAGAAACCAACCGUAAUAAUGAACUCAAGCCAGUGGAGAGAGAAAAAUGGGCCAACAAGACGGAGUUUUUACUGUCCAUGGCUGGCGAGAUAAUUGGCCUGGGCAACGUGUGGCGCUUCCCUUACCUCUGCUACAAGAACGGAGGAGGUGUAUUCUUCAUCCCAUACUUUGUUUUCCUGGUCUUUUGUGGCAUCCCCGUGUUUUUCCUGGAGACGGCGCUGGGGCAGUACACUAGCCAAGGAGGCGUCACGGCCUGGAGGAAGAUCUGCCCCAUGUUUGAAGGAGUGGGAAUUGCCUCCCAGGUGAUUGUCGUCUACCUGAACAUCUACUACAUUGUGGUUCUGGCUUGGGCGGUCUUUUACCUCUUCAACUGCUUCCAGAACCCCCUACCCUGGAUCUCCUGCGUCCAUGAGUGGAACACAGCUUCUUGUCACACACACAACCAGAGUCUGGGACAUAAUACAACCAACGGCUACUAUUUAUUUAUUUAUUUUAUUUUUUAUUUUCACAGCAACAUUUUGAACUCAUCCAGUCUGUCAAAUGGAAUUGUUUCUCCAGAGGAAGAAUUCUGGCUUCAUCGCGUGCAGAGGAUAUCCAGUGAUGAUUUCAUGGGCCCACCGCACUACGACCUGACACUGUGUCUCCUUCUGGUCUGGAUUAUCUGCUACUUCUGCAUCUGGAAAGGAGUCAAAACCACAGGCAAGGUGGUGUACUUCACGGCUACGUUCCCCUACCUCAUGCUGACGAUCCUGUUUUUCCGCGGAGUCACUUUACCUGGUGCUGGAGCUGGAAUCACCUAUUACCUGUACCCCGAUAUCUCCAAACUCGCCAACCCUGAUGUUUGGCGGGAUGCAGGGACCCAGGUCUUUUUUUCCUACGCUGUGUGUCAGGGUGUCCUCACCGCGCUGGGAAGCUACAACAAAUACAACAACGACUGCUACAAGGACUGCAUUGCUCUCUGUGCUCUGAACAGUGGUACCAGUAUCUUUGCUGGUUUUGCUGUGUUCUCUAUACUGGGAUACAUGUCUCAUGAGCUGGCCCUGCCCAUGGAGGAAAUCGUGCGAUCAGGUCCGGGUCUGGCCUUUAUAGCUUAUCCCAAAGCCCUGUCUCUGCUGCCGGGUCCUCAUUUUUGGUCUUUUCUCUUCUUCCUUAUGGUUCUCUUUUUGGGACUGGACAGUCAGUUUGUGUGUGUGGAAAGUCUGGCCACGGCGCUCACUGACCUGUUUCCUGAAUUUCUAAGAAAACCAAAGCGCAGGGAAAUCCUGGUGCUGCUCAUCGCUGUUGUUUGCUUUCUGCUGGGUCUUCCUCUCGUCACCAGGGGAGGACUGCACGUCUUUAAACUGAUAGACACAUACGGUCCCAGUGGAACCAACCUGCUCCUCAUUGCCUGUUUUGAGACCAUCGUCAUUGCCUGGGUGUAUGGUGCCGACCGUUUUUAUGAUAACAUUCAGGAUAUGAUUGGGUAUCGACUCAUGCCUGUACUGAAGUACUGCUGGCUCUUCAUUACCCCAUCCAUCUGUGGAGCCACCCUGCUGUACGAUCUGAUCAGCAGUGAUCCGAUCGGCUCUUCAGAUUUCGUACCCAGCUGGGGUUCAGCUGUAGCUGCUCUGCUCACCCUCGCCCCCAUGAUCUGUAUCCCCAUCUUCGUCCUGGUCUCUCUGAAACGCGGUCGAGACCGAAUCGUACCAUCCUCCGACCUGCAGCAGCGCAACCCUGACAAACCUCGGCUAACACUGUGCAAUCGGGUCAUUUUAAAGAGCCAGAGGAUGUUCCACAUGGUGAACGGUGUAGAGGAGAAACCCUGCAAACAGGACACUGAGGUUUGAGGUGAUGUAUGACAUCAUCAGAGCUUCUCUGACCUCAUGCUUUCAUGCUGAAACUGCCUUGCUGGAUUAUUGAAACCUGAAGUGAGAGAAAUCUGUAAUAUUUAGCAGCUUUAUGUUUAGAUUUUAUGUACAAUUAGCUUACAGUGUUGUUAUUUUGACAUAU